AUGGCCAACGCUCCUCUCCACUCGAUGUCGGCAUUUGUACAAAGUGAGCAAAUGACACCGUCCAUGCGGCGGCGGAUAUGUCAUACGGAUUUCCCCCACGGCAUAUUUGUGCUCAUCAUCCUCCCCUUUGCUGUCCUUCUCCCUCACCUCGUCGGCCUCCUCCUUGCCUUCCUUCUCCUACUCGUCCUCAUCUUCGCGUUUGUCUGCCACUUCCUCGUCGCUCCCUCGGGAUCUCGUGGUCACAACGUCACUCAUCCUGCCGGACAUUCCAUUCUCCCAUGCAUCCUCUGCCGGUGCUCAAGCGUUGACCGGCUCAACACCCCCUUCAUCGUCCUCUUCACGCUCUUUGGACUUCCUCGCCAUCUCCUCAUCCCCAACUCAGGACCUUGCUAUCGAAACCUCACCCGUCAUGCCCGUUCUCCCGUUCUCGCACGUACCUUUCGGCGAAGCUGA